AACCCUCAGGAUAAAGUUGAAUACAGUCUGUACCUGGAGAAAAUACUUGGGCUUUCGAUCUGCUUUAGCUGGAACAGUAUGCCGACGCAGCUGGAGAAUGCGAUGGACACCUUAAUCAAGAUCUUUCACCACUAUUCAGCAAAGGAAGGGGAUAAAUAUAAACUCAAUAAAGGAGAACUCAAACAGCUCCUCACCAGUGAACUUACUGACUUCCUUUCGUGUCAAAAGGAUCCCCAGCUGGUUGAUAAGAUUAUGAAGGAUCUUGAUAGCAAUAAAGAUAAUGAAGUGGAUUUUAAUGAAUUUGUGGUUCUGGUUGCUGCACUAACUGUCGCAUGCAAUGAUUUCUUUGAGGAGCAAAUGAGGAAAAAGGGUGAUUAG